GGCUACCAACUACGAAAAAAAAAGAAGAAGUGACCUUUCUCAAUUCUAUCUAAUCAGAGAGGGAAGAGGAGCAAAGUCUGUCUCUCUCUCUCUCUGUCUCUGCUUUUUCUGUUUUUUUUUUUGUCUUCUGAAAUUUUCGAUCCUUUUUUGUUCUUUGUUGUUAUAUCCAUUUUCCAUUUCUAAACAAGUACAUCCAAGCAUCUUAGUUGGCAUCAUAUAGUAGAUCACCAGUUGAUUUUUCUUCUUUGACACCUCGAAGCUUGGUUGGUUUGUCCAAAAAGUUCUUUCUGAUCUAAUCUACGUUUGUCAUAUAAGAGAGGUGCAUGCCAUGUACUUGUAGUUUAUUAUGUAAGUUGUUUCUUAUGGCGUUCAAACCCUUUAAAACCCGAGGGCUCCAACCCAAUAAUUCUUACAUGGAGGAUGUUCAGUUGAAUACCAAUUGGGAUGACGUGAUUUGUCCUAUAUGUUUGGAUUUCCCCCACAAUGGUGUACUCCUUCAAUGCUCAUCUUACGAGAAAGGCUGCCGUCCUUUUGUGUGUGACACAGACCACUUGCAUUCAAAUUGUUUGGAUCGGUUCAAAAUAGCUUAUGGGAUGUCAUCUCCUUCAACAUCUGAUACAAUUUCUACAACAAACAUUCAGCUAAUGGUAUCUGAAGACAACUGCAGGCCGACUUGUCCCUUAUGUAGAGGGGAAGUCACUGGAUGGGUUGUUGUUGAUAAGGCUCGUCUACAUCUAGAUGAGAAGAAGCGUUGUUGUGAGGAGGAACAAUGCACAUUUGCAGGAAGCUACUUGGAACUAAGGAAACAUGCUCAGUUAGAACACCCUCAUGCUCGUCCUUCGAGAAUUGAUCCUGCUCGGCAGCUUGAUUGGGAGAAUUUUCAGCAGUCCUCUGAGAUAAUAGAUGUUUUGAGCACCAUACAUUCAGAAGUCCCACGUGGAGUGGUUCUUGGAGACUAUGUAAUUGAAUAUGGUGAAGAUGAUUCUGGAGAUGAGUUUGAGGACUUCCCUGGUGAUGAGGGCAACUGGUGGACCUCUUGUAUUUUAUAUCAGAUGUUUGAUAACUUCAGGAAUUCUAGAAAUAGAAGGAGAUCAAGAGUCACAGAUACUAGAAGGGGAAGUCGCCGCUCUAGCUAUGCUUCAUCAAAUUCUGAUGAGGGUUCAGUGGCUUCUGUAGAAUUUGCAGAAUAUAGAGUAGAUGAGACUGAUGAUGAGUUUGUUAGCACAAGUGCCCCCUCGAGAGGUAGCUCUGCCUAUCGGAGUUCUCGAAGACGUCGUUCCCGCUUUUAUGAUAAUUAGCACUGAAGAAGAAAUGAAGCUAAGGAUUGAUCCUAUAGAAGUGGAAAGCUAUGGGACACUUGCUGCAGCAGAUAGUUUUAGAUUUCAAAACAUGUAAAAAUACCUUUGGAACUUGUUAUGCAUGUGAUCCAAUGUUCUGAUCAGACUUGAAUUUCAAACAAUAGAAUUUCAUGUGGUUCUGUUGACCAUUUUUGUUGCUUUAAGAUAUUUUAUAUAGAAAUCUGAUGGGAAAAUUUUUUUAAGAACAUUGGGAUAUUUUCUGCAGCCAACCGAUGUAUUUAACCAA